AACAAUGGCCGAAAACGCAGCGAAGCGCAUCAAGACCGAUGGCGGUGCCCUGACCAUCGGCACCCACAACGGCCACUUCCACGCCGACGAGGCUCUGGCCGUCCACAUGCUUCGCCAGCAUGUUCCCAAAUACACCGGCGCCCGCCUGGUUCGCACCCGCGACCCUGCGCUACUUGAGACCUGCGACAUCGUCGUCGAUGUUGGUGGCGAGUACGAGCCCGCCCGUGACCGCUACGACCACCACCAGCGCACCUUCACCACCACCUUCCCCGACCAUCAGACAAAGCUCAGCAGCGCCGGUCUCGUCUACAUGCACUUUGGCAAGGGUAUCAUCUCGCGCAGCCUGCCCGACGCCCCUGCGGAGGACAACGACAAGGUUGGCUUGAUCUGGAACAAGUUGUACGACAGCUUCGUCGAGGCCCUCGACGCUCAUGACAACGGCAUCAGCGUCUACGAUUCCGAUGCUCUCAAGGCUGCCGGCAUCGAGAAGCGCUUCUCUAACGGCGGUUUCACCCUCGGUGCCAUGGUCGGCCGCUUCAAUGGCAACUGGAACGAUCCCGUCCCCUCGGACCCUGUGGCUGCCCAGGCGGAGGAAGAUGGCAGGUUCGAGCAGGCCAGUCAGCGUAUCGGUGAGGAGUUCGACCGCGCUCUCGACUACUACACCAAGGCUUGGCUCCCGGCCAGGGAUGUCGUCGAGACGGCCUACAAGGCCCGCAAAGAGUACGAUGCAGAGGGUAGAAUCCUUGUCUUAAAGGGCCAGUCGGCCCCUUGGAAGGAUCAUCUCUAUACCCUGGAAGAGGAAGAGGGAGAGCGCGUCCAGAAGGUUCUCUAUGUCCUGUACCCCGAGAAGCCUACACCCGACGCCAAGUGGAGAGUGCAGUGCGUGCCUGAGACUGGCGACUCCUUCCAGAGCCGCAAGCCCCUGCCCGAGGCUUGGAGAGGCUUCCGCGAUGAGAAGCUCGAUGAGAUCACGCAAAUCCAGGGCGGCAUUUUCGUUCAUGCGGCAGGUUUCAUUGGAGGCAACAAGACCUUCGAUGGUGCGUUGGCCAUGGCGAAGAAGGCCUUGGAGUAGGAAUCCAGCGCUGCUAUGAAGAUUGGCAAGCUCGUAGGCGUUUGUUGAAAAAGAACUCAACUUGAUCUCCUCCCGCUGUUUAAGGCAGAAAAAAGUAUCACCGUCUUCGCGUUUAGCACUAUCAGUCCAUAUCCUGAAAACAUAUUUGUAAAACAUAUUUGUUCUUGUUCACGACGUUGACCGGCUUCAUGACGUGCCGUCUGAGCACUGCGAUCGAUCCCAUCUGUGCCCUUAUGAACAUAGACAUUGAAGAUGGACUUCAGAGCAGCACGCGCUGUCAUGACAAAAGAUAGACCCGACUCGACCAAACCACUCGAAACAUAGAUCACGAAACCCUAACCCAUUCAUAUCUCAUUCAAACAAAAAAAUCUUACACUGAAUAACGUCAAACCCAACGCCACAAACCCCAAGACGUGAUCUCAUACUCAUGCUAUGCGUGACUGCUUAAUUGCCGUGUGCUGGUGAGUGUUCUUGGUUACACGGUAGAACGAGAUGCUCGACAAAUGGUUUCGAGGAGGCGGAACCUCCGUCGAACGCCAUGCGCCUGUUUCUCUGGAUGGUUUAUUGUCGGAUAGGGAUGGGCUCUUGCUGACCAGCAGGCGCAGCUGAGAUGGUGUCUGGGGCGGCUUGCUCUUGCUGUUGUCUGGCCUCUGUAUUGUGUUCGUUGCUGUUGAGAGCGUCGAUUUCCUCGGUGUUCAGCCCGCGGCUGAAGUAAGUGCUUUCCUUAACAGGGCUGCCGGCUU